AUGUCAGUAGGGACGAGUGGCAAAAUAUGUUUGCGUAAGGAUUUUACCUCAUGUUUAUUGUUUAGAGAUGUACAUUAUAUCGUCUCAUGGCAAGAAUCAGCAACAACCGCCAUCAUUUCUUCUCUUACAGAAACUGUUAAAGAAUCGAUUAUGAGAGUUCAGCAGCUUGUUAUGCGUAAUCAAGAUGAAUCUUCAUUGUUAAAAUCGUACAUAGCUCAAUGGAAUAAAUUUUUUAAACAAAGCGAAUAUCUUCCACAACCAUUUAGUCCAUUAGAAAACUACCUGGUUGGUAAGCAUCUUAACAAUCCCAACAAACGUCAUCUUCAAGAAAGUACUAUUAGAAAAGUAGCUUGCAGUAUGAAAUUCAGUUAUAUUUUAGCUGAUGCUGGAAACGUGGAACAGUACGAUUUACGAAUCCAUCAAGCAAAAGCUUUUGGACAGUGCUAUUAA